CGCAAAAAUUCUGUAGAUGGCAAACAACCUCGCCCUGCGUUCCAUUCUGGAUAAAGAUAAAUUGAACGGAACAAACUUUGUUGACUGGCAACGCAAUCUCUCCAUUGUUCUCCGCAUGGAUGAGAAAGAGUAUGUGCUCGAAAAGCCCAUUCCUCCUGCCCCUCCCGCUAACGCCCCGAAAGCGGUCAAAGAUGCCUACGAGAAACACGUUAAGGAUGAUAACCAGGUUAGCUGUGUCAUGUUGGCAACCAUGAUAACCGAGCUGCAAAAACAGCACGAGGACAUGAAGGCCCACGAGAUGAUCGUGGCCUUGCGGCAGCUAUACCAGAGGCAAUCCAGGCAUGAACGUUUUCUCAAGGAGCUGACAACGGACCUGAUCUUGCAGUCGCUCCCUGAGUUGUAUAAAGGUUUUGUCAUGAGCUACAUGAUGCAUGAUCUUGACAAACCCCUUCCGGAGCAUCUUAAAAUGCUCCAGACUGCAGAGGAGAACCUUACUAAGGGCAAGGGUGCUUCCGUCCUUAUGGUCCAAGGCGGAAAGGGGAAGCCGAAGAAGAGGAUUAAGAUUAAGGCUAGGACGGUCGGAAAGCCUAAAUCGAAGUCCACUUCAUCUACAACCCAGAAACCCAUAGGAGGAGUUUCAAAGGGCAAAUGUCAUCACUGUGGUAAGGCAGGCCACUGGAGAAGAAACUGCAAGACAUACCUCGCUACCAAGAAGAAGGAAGGUACGACCAUUUCUUCUGAGGGACUGAAGCAGAGUAGACGGUUAGCUCGAGGCGAGAUUGAACUCCGAGUCGGCAAUGGUGCACCUGUUGUAGCUUUGGCAAUCGGAACUUAUAGUUUAGUCUUGCCUAGUGGUCUAAUGUUGGAAUUAAACGAUUGCUUGUAUGUUCCUGCAAUUAGCAGAAACAUUAUCUCUGUUUCAUGUCUUGAUAAGAGUGGUUUCAUCAUUUCUAUUAAAGACAAGUCCCUUUCCGUUUACAGAAAGAAUGUUUUCUAUGCUAAUGCCAACAUGACCAAUGGGUUACAUGUCCUUGACUUGGACAUGCCUGUCUAUAACAUAUCUGCCAAGAGGAACAAACCGAACGGUUUGAACCAAACAUACCUAUGGCAUUGUAGGUUAGGUCAUAUAAACGAGAAACGCAUAUCCAAGCUACAUCGGUCGGGAAUGCUGGAGUCAUUUGAUCUUGAAUCAUACGACACAUGCGAAUCUUGUUUAUUGGGUAAGAUGACCAAAUCUCCUUUCACCGGACACGGUGAAAGAGCUGGUGAUCUUCUGGCACUCAUUCAUAGUGAUGUGUGCGGGCCUUUCAAUACAACUGCACGAGGUGGUUAUUCAUACUUCAUCACUUUUACUGAUGACCUCAGUAGAUAUCGCUAUGUCACUGCAAUAUAUACUCUUAACCGAGUUCCAACCAAGGUGGUUGAAGGAACACCAUACCAGCUAUGGACGGGCAAAUGCCCGGUUCUGUCACACUUAAAGAUUUGGGGCUGUGAGGCUUAUGUCAAGCGUCUUAUGACGAAUGGCAAGCUUGACGCCAAGUCUGAUAAGUGUUUCUUUGUGGGAUACCCAAAGGAAACUCGAGGGUAUUUAUUCUAUCACCCUAUCGAUAAGAAGGUAUUCAUUGCUCGCAAUGGUGUCUUCCUCGAGAAGGAAUUUCUCUCCAUCGCAACUAGUGGGAGAAAGAUAGAGCUCGAAGAAAUUCAAGACGACGAAGAAACUACCGCGCCGGUUCUGGAACAUGAGCUAGAGGAACAAACCGUUGUACCUCAAAAUGCUCAAGAUACACAAGAACCCCGUAGGUCUAACCGGUUACGCACACAACCUGAAAGGUAUGGAUUCCUCCUAACCUUUGAGGGUGACGUAAUGCUUAUCGACCAGGAUGAACCAGAGACCUACCUCGAGGUAUUGACGUUGUGUGCCGUUUUGGAGACGUUGGUGUCAAUCCGAGAGAGAGUGGCGGUUAAGGCUGCCAUUUGCUCGGCGAGAGAAGGAUUGGUCGAAGUGGUGGCGGCUGAGGCAGUGGCUCUCGGUUGGCGGCGUGGACGAGGCUGUCGAAACGGAAAUCGCCAUGACAAGGAGGAAGUAGGGGAGCGGACGAUUGUCGGAGGUGGCCGUGAACAUGUGAGUCAUCACAAAUUUACACCAAUUGAGAUUGGCGUUGUGAAUCAUCGCAUGAAUUGUCUUCGUGUCCUCCUGAGAGAGAGUGGUGUGAUUAAACUUCAUGGGCUUGAGAAUCCGUGUCAAAACAUAAAAAAUGAAUCGAAACACGGGGCUCAUGGAAGCAAUCGUAGGGCGCCGCUGUUGGGGAGUGGGGACGAAGUGUCGGAUGCCCACUUCCUCCAAGAGAGCGGUCUCAUUGAACCGCGCUCCUUCUUCUCCGACGUAGAGCCCGAGAUCCUGUCCGUCCCGUCAAAUCCCUAUGAGAAUUUGAAUGUUUUCCUCAUUCAAAAAGAUGUCCACCCCGUUGAUGUUAGAGAUCAACGCUCCGUCCUCAUCCUUUUUCAAGUUCGAGUAGAAAGAUCGAACAAGAAAGGGUUCAUAAUUGACCUUCUUGAUGUAGAGGAGAUCGAGGAAGUUUCCACGUUCGAGGAUAACCCGUGCCUCACGUGGAAUGGAGUCAUGAAUGAAGCGGGUUGUGGAGAAUCGGGGAGGGAGAAUUUCCCGAUGCUCAAACUUUUCCGAGAACCGCGUCGCCUCUUCGCGGUCGUUGAACCAAAGGAACGACCCGUCGAGAUACUUGUGCGCCGGUGGUGGAGGAGCCGAGGAAGAAGCCACGUUCUUGCCGGUUAUGAUGAUUGGAAGAUCAUGAUGGAAGCACAUCUCUACGCUCUACAUGACUGCAUGUGGAUGGUGCUUGAGGAUGGACCCUUGAAAAUCCAAAUGGAGAAUCCUGAGAGGAAUCCAGCAACUCCUGAUGUAAUCCAGUACAUUCCAAAGCCCAAGGAAAAAUGGGAUGAUAGAGAUUGUAAAAAGCACAAUCUGGACAACGUCGCCAAAGCAGCCAUCUUCAAGACACUUGAUCCCAUCACCUUCUCCAAAAUCAAGCAUCUCAAGACUGCCAUGGAAAUAUGGCAAGGUCUUGGGAAGCUAUGUGAGGGAUCAGAGGACUUGAGAAAGCAGAAGAUAGAUGUCCUACUUGAGAAGUUCAAAGGCUUCAAAAUGCUUCCUGGGGAAUCAUUUGAUAUGUUGGAUGAAAGCCAUGGAAGAAGGAAGAAACCUGGAAACUACACUGUUCAAGGUCUCCUUGAUGAACUCAGAACCUAUGAACACGAGCUGAAAAAGAAGAAGGAAGAACAAGUUACUCCCUUCCCCACGGCAGUGAUGACAACUUCAAGAAUUCCAUCAAGUGAAGGGACAUGCACAAGAAACUGUGACACGCCUUCCUCUAGCCAGCCGUCAAGCUCAAAAAUGGAGAACUACGAAGAGGAUUUUGCCAUGAUGGUCAAACAAUUCCGGAAGUUCACGAAGUUCUUCAAGAAGGCUGAUUCAGUCAGAAGGCCAUCCAAGGGAAAGCCACAGGUAAGUGACUCCCCUCCUGAAUCUUAUUUAUGUUAUAACUGCAGGAAGCUUGGCCACUGGAAGUCAGCAUGCCCGUACCCAAAAGUGGAGAAGUACGGAGAAAGAGAAAGGAUCGAGAAGAAAAAGAAAGCAAUGGUUGCUACUGAAAGUGACGAGUCAUCCAGCUCAAGCUCGGAUGAAGAAGCCCUCGUCUACAUGGAGCGCAGAGUUGAGAAGUCCAACCAUGAGGAUAGGUGGACUAUGUCAGAAGAUGACACUCUCUGCCUAAUGGCCAAAGAUGAUGCUGAUCAAGAGGUAACCUCACAAACCUCAUGCUCAUCUUCUUAUAGCACACCAACUUCUGAAAAUCUUUUUGACCAGUUCAAAAAGAUGAUGAAAGACUUUGAGGAGAUAAAUCUCAAACACACAUCCUUAACAGAAGAGAACAAACUAUUGAGUGAAGAGAAUCUCAAGUUGACUGAAAGUCGGAAAAGUCAACUGGAUGAGAUCACUCAACUCAAGACUGAAAAUGAAUCUCUCUCUGAAAAGGUGAAAUCCCUUAACAAAGAGCUAGGGAUACUCAAGUCCCAAGAAGCAGUGAACAAGCUGCUUCAAACGACCAAACAUAAGGGUCGUAAAGGACUUGGGUUUGACUCCUCUAGUUCCAAAAGGAAAGGGAAGACAACUUUCAUCCCUCCUAAACCUACUGCCAAACCUAAUAAGCAGAAAGGGAAGGAAAAGGAGAAACCAACAGAAGUUCCUAAAAAGGUAGUCCCUCCUAAGAACUAUAGGAAGCUGGACAGACCUCAAAAAGGAAAUAAUUUCAGAAGAAAACCUUCUAAACCCCAUUAUACACGAGGCUAUACUCAUUAUGGGGUAGACAGGAGUUUUCCAAGAAAUUCUGAGUGGAGAACUAUACCAAGAUAUAGUCACCCUCCACCCCAGAAGCUAUUUGUGCCACCUAAGUAUGCUUAUAACCGACACAGGACACACUAUGCACAACCUAGACAGAACUAUAGGUCUUAUCAACCUAGGUUUGCUAGGAGGAAACAGGAAAUAGCACCUCCUGCACGUAGGAAGUUUUAUGCCUACAACUAUGAUUACAAUCCGAACAAGUUUAGAGCUGCAAGGAAGAUUCCCUGCAACUUCAAACUUGAUGUAGGGACACACACCAUUAACUACUCCGGACCCAAACUUAAUUAGGUACCAAAAUCUUCCUCCUCCUAAUGCAGGAAGCUGCUAAGUACCCAGGUGUCUGGUACUUAGACAGUGGCUGUUCAAGACACAUGACGGGUGAUGCGAGCCUUUUGAGCAAUCUUAUUCCCUAUGAUGGUCCAAGAGUUACUUUUGGAGGAAGCAAUGAUUUCGGCCUCACUAAAGGGCUAGGAAAUCG